AUGAGGAACAACAGUUCGCAAUGUCUUGAGAAAGCUGCGUCGCUUGGGACGCAGCCUUUGGGAACCUCGCAUCCUCCUGGUGAUCCCCAUGCUGUGAGCUUUUCCCUGCCGACAUGGGCAUCUGUGGCCGGCAACAUGGCCGGGGAAGGUUGGGUGAGGAAGAAAAAACAGACCACGUAUCCUAGAAUGGGAUUUUGCCCAAUAGUCAGAAGGUUGACUGAAGCCGCCCUGGGACGUGUCAAACGUUCCGCGGGGGUCAACGCGCGGAUCUUCAUCUCCAAAGAGGCUGCUUCUCGACUUGAGCGUACAGUCAAGGAGAAAGAUCCAACUGUCAGUGCAUCUAUAAUUGAAUUCAAGGUGCGCCAAACAGACAGCCAGGAUAUAUCAAAUUGGGCGAAAUUCGUGAUGGUGCUUUUCCCAGAGAGUGUGGAAGGGGAAGCUUUCACAUUCUGGCUGAACCACGGCGACGGAAUCUCAAAUAGACACGCUGAAUUCUGUUUGAACCUAUUUGACUUCAUGGAUUCACGCUGUGAUGAUGCUGAACGUGAUUUUCAAACCUCUGGGCCAAGGUCGGAAGAUAUGCCGGCAGAUCUCCCCGCCUGGACAAACUCUGGGCUGGAGGAGAAGACAGUAAUCAAGUCCGUUCUUGCUGAGGCUGUCAGAUCACAGAUUGCAGGUGUUCUUCCUGCGCAACCCGAGGACGUGUUUUUAUAUUCCACUGGUAUGAUGGCCAUUGGCAAGAUUGCGCGCGCUAUGAGCGAUGUGUCGGGAGAUGAUGCGGCGGUUAUAUUCGGCUGGCUGUAUUCAGGAACUUUACCUUUGAUCAAAGACAGCGGGUAUGGGAAGUGCCUGCUAUAUGGACGUGGGACAGAGGAGGAGCUGGAUCAACUUGAGGCUUCACUUGCAGCAGGCGCAAAAUGUAAUGUGUUGUUCAGUGAAAUUACCUCGAAUCCUCAGUUGCACAGCCCGAAUUUGGUUCGCAUUCGACAAUUGGCAGAUAAAUAUGGAUUCACGGUGGUAGUUGAUGAUACCAUAGGCACGUCAGCCAACCUUGAUAUAUUUCCCUACGCGGAUGUUAUUACGACUAGCCUGACAAAGAUCUUCAACGGCGCUUGCAAUGCGAUGGGUGGAAGUCUGAUCGUCAAUCCCAACUCUUAUCACUACAAAGAAAUCCACGGCUACCUACAAGAUCACUUUGAGGAUCUUCUCUUCCCAGCUGAUGCAGUCGUGCUCAGCGAAAAUUGCAUUGACUACCCUGACCGCGUCCGAAAAUGCAGUGCGACUGCCCGCGAGAUUGCCCAUUUUCUGGCAGCGCACCCCUCCGUUGACUACGUCAACUAUCCGACUCUUGUCUCAUCGCGAGCCGAGUACGAGCGCUAUCGCCGCGACGGGGAGGGCUACGGAUAUCUACUCAGCGUUGUAUUCCGUGAACCAGACUUUGCAGUCAAGUUCUUUGACGCGCUGAAUGUUUGGAAAGGCCCAAGUAUUGGGACCAAUUCAUCAAUUGCGCUUCCAUACUCCGUACUUGCACACUGGGAAGAGCAGGAUUGGGCAGCCGAGUACGGUGUACCUAAGCAUAUUGUGCGACUCAGCGUAGGGCUAGAGCCGGAGGCUUGGCUUCGAGCUCGCGUGGCUGAGGCUUUAGCACAGGCAGGACCGGUGACUUUGUGCAGAACGACACAGUGCGAGACCGGUCAUUAA